UGUAACCACCCCGCAACUUAAUUUUGGGCCGUGUUGUCCUCUCGGGGCGGUUUCACGUGGACCUCGUGCCAUGCCUGCCACAGCUCGUAAUGGAAAACAAAUUUAUACCGUGUCUCUCAAGUCUCUCUACAUCACUACACGGGAAAAGAGAAGGCUCUAGCCCGCCUUCUCAAGGUGUAGCUGGUCACAACAGGAGUCUGCCAAGGAGAGCAAGCUGCGCCUAUUCCCGCACGGCAGUGCCCACGGGAAUCCAGAGGGACCUGCACCCACCCGGCAGGGUGCCCGUGCCCCCGGGGCUGGCGGGGUGCCCCGGGGCUGGCGGGGAGCCCCCGGGCCGCCCCGCCGGGCUGGCGGCUCCUGGCGCGGCCGCGGCGCUGGCCCCGCCGUCCGUCGCUCACCCCCUCUGCCCGCCGCCGCCGGCGCGGCGCUUGCAAGCGCCUCUGCUGCCGUUUAAAUGGGCCAAGUUGGAGAAGCGGCGGCGGCGGAGGGAAAUCUUGUUUGGAGUGGAAAUUAAAUACCAACUCGCAGUGAUCAUAAAGCCUCCGGUGGGAGCGGGGCGAGUCUGCACUUUGCAGGUGAAGGUGGGCGGCCCCCGGGAAACUUCUCCGCCCGGGUGUCUGGCAGCCCCGCGGGCAGAGCAGGCAGAGCCGGCACCGGCCGGGGGCUUCGUCCUCCCCGCGCCCGGCGGGCGCCGGCGGCGGAGGGGAGGGGAGCGCGGAGUGGCGGCGGGGGCGCAGCGUUUAAUUUUAAUUAUUGCAUAUAAAUAA